AUGUCAAUCCAAGGAGAGAACGGACAGCAGCAGGUGGUGGUCUCAGUCUCCACCAAGGCCGUCGACACCUACGACGCGCCCUCCGAGCAGACCAUGAUCACGGUGCGCGUCGUAGGCCAUCAGCUCCACCAGCGACUCGCCGCGCUCGCCGAGUCGGCCACCGUGACCUCGAGCGAGGAAGAGAACGGGUACGACGUGGGCGACGAGACCCACCACCCGGCGGCAGCCGAUGGGCAUGCAGCCCUACUCAUCUACCUGAAUCGAACCAUGGGCAACCCCAACGUCGAGCUUCGCAAGAAGGUGGUGGCCACCGCCGCGCUGGCCGCCGUCGGCCGCCUUCUCGGCCUACCUGCCCCGCCGGCCUCUGAUGACGCCAUCGCCGAUGCCGGGCUGCGCCGAGACGGCGACAACGACGACAACAAGAAGCUGGCGCAGGCCGUGGUGGAUUUCUUGUGGACGGUGAUGCGCGUGACAACAUGGGACGCCGACGAGGGCGCCUUCCCGGUGUCGCUCGGCCAGUGGAAGAAGCGGGAGCGUCGAUUCUACGACGAUGCCGAAAGCAGCGACCAGUACGGCACGCAGCAGGUGGUGGAGGAGGCCACCAACCUGAGCCUCGCGUCCUUGUACAACCUUUUGUGGUAA